CCUCUUCUCGCCAGCCAAUGGGAGAGGCAUGCAUAGCCCUCGAGGGGGCGGGGCGACGACCAAGGCGAGUGGGUCCGGGAAGGCGCGCGGACUUGGCACGUCUUCUAACUUCGGCUGGUCCAGGCCCAACCGACGGACGAUGGGGGUUCUGGCAACCAGGCGCUGCGUGGAGUGGCUGCUGGGCCUCUACUUUCUCAGCCACAUCCCCAUCACCCUGUUCAUGGACCUGCAGGCGGUGCUGCCGCGCGAGCUUUACCCAGUCGAGUUUAGAAACCUGCUGAAGUGGUAUGCUAAGGAGUUCAAAGACCCGCUGCUGCAGGAGCCCCCAGCCUGGUUUAAGUCCUUUCUGUUUUGCGAGCUUGUGUUUCAGCUGCCUUUCUUUCCCAUUGCAACGUAUGCCUUCCUCAAAGGAAGCUGCAAGUGGAUUCGAACUCCUGCAAUCAUCUACUCCGUUCACACCAUGACGACCUUAAUUCCAAUACUCUCCACAUUUCUGUUUGAGGAUUUCUCCAAAGCCAGUGGUUUCAAGGGGCAAAGACCUGAGACUUUGCAUGAACGGUUAACGCUUAUAUCUGUCUAUGCCUCCUACUUACUCAUCCCGUUCAUACUUUUAAUUUUCAUGUUGCGGAGCCCCUAUUACAAGUAUGAGGAGAAAAGAAAAAAAAAAUGAAGGAAACAACCACUGGCUCAGGGUAGAGAUGCCUACAGGGUGGUUGCUUGUUGGAUACAAUACAAGGAACACUGCUCAGAAUCCACAUCUUCAGCAGCAUUUGAAACACUGGCAGCAAUGCACAAGAGCAAGAUGGUGUCAGGAACCACGUCAAACCCUCACCUUUUUUUUUUUUUAAAAAGUCUCACUCUGUUGCCCAGGCUGGAGUAAAGGGCAGUGGCAUGAUCUCAGCUCACUGCAACCUCUGCCUCCGGGGCUCAAGCUGUCUUCCUCAGCCUCCCAAGUAGCUGGAACUGCAGGCGUGUACCAACAUGUAUGGCUAUUUUUUUUUUUUUUUUUUUUUUUUUUUUUUUUUUUUUGUGGAGACGGGGUUUUGCCAUGUUGCCCAGGUUGGUCUCGAACACCUAGGCUCAAGUGAUCGGCCCACCUCAGUCUCCCUAAGUGCUGGGAUUACAGACGUCAACCACUGGGCCCAGCCCAAACCUUCACCUUCUAAGGGCACUGGGAUGAACAGACCGAUCAGCUUGAGAGUGGGCAAAGGGGUGUGGGCUAGGUUAUAAGGAAGUAGUACCAAAUACCCGUGUGCCUGCGUUCCGCUGCAGGAUUCCUAAAAGCAGGACCAGAAACUGCUAAAGAACAUGGCCUGUUUGACAUGUUCAUAAGUCACCUGACCUACAGCAUAUAUGCUUAUGACUAAACCCUCCACACCUGAUUCUCAAGCAUGUUACCACCUGUCAGCAAAAUGAACAGUACAUUUUGGGCCAUUUUAAACGUGAAAUUUUGCCUCUUUAACGUUAAUUCAAAACUAUAUCAAUGUUUUUUUGUCCCCACCUCUAACCUAAGGAAAAAAGAAAAAAUACUAUACAAAGAAGUUUAAACUUAGUUUUCCUUAAGGGUCAGCCCAACAAUGACUUUCAGUGAGAAAUGGAUUAAACUGGAAAAUGUUUUUGUUGCUGUUGUAAACAGAUCAUCCUGGAAGGUUUUUGUUUGUUUUUAAGUUACUUUAUUCUAUUUCUAAAUCUUAGUCUUCCACAUUUCUAGAAGCCACCUGACACAGGUUCCUGUAUCUAAAGUCUAGCAUCUCAAGGCUGAUCUGGUAUGCUAGUAUGCUUCCUAGUGGAUAACUUAAUCCUUUAAUACACUUCAGUGGUUCCCAUCUUGUUCUCAGAAGGGAAGGUGGCUACAGCCAGGCAUAACAUCCACUGUGUGCAUAGAGGGUCCUUCAAGUUGAUGCUUGGCAUUCCAUCAGCUUUCUCUAAGUCUUUGCUCAAGUCCAACCUUAAAAUGAUGUUAGACAACAGGUCCCGGUCAGUUCCCUCUAUUUUCACCCAUUUUGCUCACAAGCCAUAUUGGUCUGAGUAGUGGUGCUGUCUGACUCACAUGUGUGAUCCAAAUAAAGGUAGCUGCUGACCACUGCCUGGUUUGUUUUGUGGACGGGGGCUAGAGAAUCCAGGGUUCUCUCACGAGGGGUUAAACAUAUUUCAAGGGCAACAGGAAAAAAAGGUACAUCAAGCCAUUUGAAAACAAAAAUGUAUUAUCCUUCCAAAGCUUUGUGAAUUUACAAAAAAAGGAUGAAAGUUUACAAACUGCUUAGUUCCAACUAAGCAUAAGAGGUGAGAACGUACACUGCAGGGCCACCAGCAGCAGCUGUGCACUGAUGUUUAAAACUGGCUCCCCCGGACUUGUAUUGCUGUCUUCAGGGGGCUGCGUUCCUUACACGCCACCUCUUGUGACAGGUCAUUGGUCAAGCCGCUGGAAUGCUACAGAGGUUUUCUUGGUUUUGAGGGGCUUUUUUUGUUUUGCCUUCCUACUAUAAAAGUGAAAUUUUCAGUUCAUUUCUGAAAAAUAAAUUGGUCAAUAAA